GACUCACUAUUUUGUCUUCUUUUAAUUAGGAGAUUAAUAAUUAAUGUCUUUUAAUGUCUGAAGGAUACUGAUGCAUUCUAAUAACAUUUUAAAAUGUACACAAGUGAUGUUACUUGUAGUUUUUUUAUUUUAUCUUUGCUCAACAAACAUGAAAAUAAGUAUAAAAGGAAAUGUCUGUUACCUGCAAGCUUGUCUUCACUUUUCAAAAGUCCUUCACUCCCCCUGGUUUCAGACUGAGCUGAGAAGCAUCUGCUCGCAUCAAUGGGUUUGCGUAAAUGGGUCUGGAGUGUGUGCGCAGUGGCCAGCUUGGUGCUCACGGUCAGUCAGCAUUCUGGGAGUGAAAUAACCUGGGAGGUGCCCCGCUUUGACGGCUGGUACAACAGCUUGGGAAAUCCCAGACGAGGAGCUGUGGGUUCUCACCUCGUGCGCCUCAUCCCGGCUCACUACUGGGACGGGGUCUACCAACCUGUCCUGGAGCCACUGCAGCCGAACCCCCGCAGGUUGAGCAGGCUGCUAACUGAAGGACCCUCUGGUCUGCCCUCCACACGCAACCAGACCGUGCUGUCUCUCUUCUUUGGUUAUCAUGUUGCUUUUGAAAUUUUCGACUCAAGAACUCCUGGUUGUCCACCUGAGUUCAUGAACAUCCAGGUCCCUGAAGGUGACCCCAUCUUUGACCCAACCGCUACUGGAAAAGUCCUGCUGCCCUUCCAGAGAGGACAACGGGACAAAGAGUCUGGACAGAGUCCCAGCAACCCUCGCAUACAGGUGAACUCUGUGACAGCGUGGAUCGAUGGAAGCUCCAUCUACGGUCCCUCCUCCUCUUGGUCGGACUCCCUGAGGAGCUUCUCUGGAGGACUCUUGACUUCAGGAUCUGAGUGGAACAUGCCGAGUGAAGAAGGGGCGCGCAAUUUAAUGUGGAGUGCUCCUGAUCCCUCUACGGGAGAUCAUGGAGCACAAGGCCUUUUCGAGUUGGGAAACGCCUGGGCCAAUGAGAAUGUGUUCACGGCAGCAGAGGGGAUUAUCUGGUUUCGCUAUCACAAUUACGUCGCCGUCGAGCUGCACAAGGAACACCCAGAGUGGUCAGACGAGAAGCUGUUCCAACACGCCAGGAAGAUGGUUGUGGCCACAUUCCAGAGUAUUGCUCUUUAUGAAUGGCUGCCAGGAUUCCUCAGAGGCAACAAACUUCCUCCCUAUCCAGGCUACCAGAAGUUUGUUGAUCCAGGGAUCUCUCCUGAGUUUCAGGCUGCUGCUAUAAGAUUUGGAGUCACUAUGGCUCCACCUGGUGUUUACAUGAGAAACCAAACCUGCCAUUUUCGAAAGAUUGUCAACAUUGAUGGGAGUAUAUCACCAGCGAUGCGGCUUUGUCACAGCUUCUGGAAGCGGCAGAGACUCAACGUGAAGACGGGUCAGGAUGUGGACGAUCUCCUGAUGGGCAUGGCUUCUCAGGUUGCAGAGAGAGAAGACAGCAUUGUUGUGGAGGACCUGAGAGAUUACAUGUACGGACCACUAAGAUUCACGCGCACAGACCUGGUGGCUGUAACCAUCCAGAGAGGAAGAGACUUUGGUCUGCAGAGUUACAAUAAUAUGAGAAAAGCUUUGGAUCUGCCUCCUGUGAGCACGUUUGAAGAAAUCAAUCCUGACCUCAGCAGAACCAACCCACAGUUGCUUCGCAGUGUCUCAGAACUUCACGACGGAGACGUCUCAAGACUGGAGCUUUUCCCUGGAGGACUGCUGGAGUCCACGGACGGCCCCGGUCCGGUUUUCUCUGCCAUAAUCCUGGACCAGUUUGAACGCAUCAGAAACGGAGACCGCUUCUGGUUUGAGAACAAACAGAAUGGUUUGUUCACAGAUGAGGAGAUCCAGGUGAUCCGCAGCAUCACAUAUCAUGAUGUUCUUAUUGCGGUCACAAGCGCAGAGUCCGCUGAUGUACAGAAAAAUGUCUUUUUCUGGAGGGAUGGUGACCCCUGUCCUCAGCCCACGCAGCUCAACGCAUCACUGCUGCAACCCUGCACCAACGCCACAAAACUGAACUACUUUGACGGGAGCCGUGCAGGCUAUUCCAUUUUCAUCAUCACUUUGUUGCUCUUCCCUGUCUUGAGCUACCUGGUGGCCUGCAUGGUGGCGUUUCUUCGCAGGCACAGGUACAGGAAGUUCCAGAGGAGGAAGGUUAAAGCUGGUGACCGGGCAGAGGAGCCAGCCGUGGGAAGUACCGCAUACGAGUGGCAGGGCCAUAAAAACCAGCUGCAGCCAGUGAGCGUGGAGGUCGAAAAGAGGCGACUGCAGGUCUUUGACAGAUCUGGGCCUUCUCACCGCUGCCUCAAUCUGGGCUACCAGGACAACAUAGAUGUCCUUCUCUCCAACGACCGGUACCACAAAGCUCUGCUGCUCAAAGUACCGAAGGAGUACGACCUGGUCCUGUUUUUCGAUGACGUGAGCAAACGGACUGAGUUUGUCAGGCACCUGCGCCUGGAGGUGGCAGACAUCGGGCAGGAGAUUAGAGUGAAGGAGAUGAGUGAGAAGGAGCUGCUGAAGGAGGCGCUAACCAAACAGGAAAGGGCUCAGAUUGUGGAGACUUUCAUUCGCCACGCUUUCUCUAAGGUUUUGGAAAUAGAGAAGUGUGACGCUGGAGAUCUGAGCGGCGUUUCUCGCAAGCGAGCCAGAGAGGUGCUUCAGUGCGAGCUGACGGCGUCAGAGUUUGCCGACGCGCUCUGCCUAAAGCCCGACUCCUUGUUCGUGGACUCCAUGUUCACGCUGGCUGAUAAAGAUGGGAACGGUUACCUCUCCUUUCAGGAGUUCCUUGAUGUUAUCGUUAUCUUUAUGAAAGGCUCUCCAGAGGAAAAAUCCAAACUGAUGUUCUCCAUGAACGACAUCGGUGGAACUGGUUACUUAUCGAAAGAGGAGUUUGCCAGGAUGCUCAGGUCUUUCAUUGAGCUCUCCAACAGUGCGCUGUCAAAGAAACAGGCAGAGGACGGCAUCAAGGCCAUGAUGCAGGCGGCGGGCUUUGAUAACAAGGAGCAAAUCUCCUGGGCCGAUUUUCACUUCCUCCUCAAGGAUCAUGAGAAGGAGCUGCAGUUUGCUCAGCUCAACGUUAAAGGAGUGGAGAAACAGGAAAAGAAACGUCUAAGCCAGUACCAGCGAGUGUCUUUCAUCUGUCCAGCAAACAGCACCAACAGAACAGAUGGACUGGAGUUACGUAGACGGAAAAAGGUAAGCGUCAAGACCCCGAAUGUCUACGUGAAGCCGAAGCGAGAGCAGUACAUCAGGAAUCCCAUCCGACAGAAAGUGCAGCAGUUCAAGCGCUUCGUUGAGAAUUAUCGACGCCACAUUAUAAGUUUCAUCAUCGUUUACGGCAUCACAGCUGGUGUGACCGUGGAGAGGUGUUACUACUACGCUGUGCAGGCGGGGGCCACCGGGAUGCCAGAGACUUCCGUGGUGGGGAUCAUUGUCGCUCGAGGCUCAGCGGCCGCCAUCUCCUUCCUGUUUCCCUACAUGCUCCUCACCGUGUGCCGCAACCUGAUCACGCUGUGUCGAGAGACCUUCCUCAGCCGAUACGUCCCCUUCGACGCUGCCAUCGACUUCCACCGCUUCAUGGCCAUGACCGCCAUCAUCCUCUCAGUUGCUCACAGUUUGGGCCACGUGGUCAACGUCUUCGUCUUUUCUAUCAGCGACCUCAGCAUUCUUUCUUGUCUGUUUCCCAAAGUCUUAUCUAACAACGGGGCUGAGAUUCCUCCCAAGUGGUACUGGUGGUUCUUUCAGACUGUCCCAGGAGUUACUGGUGUUUUGCUUCUGUUCACGUUUGCGUUCAUGUACGUUUUUGCCUCUCGGUAUUUCCGUCGGAUCAGUUUCCGUGGAUUUUGGAUCACUCAUUACCUCUAUGUUGUCGUGUACAUUCUGACAGUUAUACACGGCAGCUUUGCUCUGCUCCAAGAGCCUCGUUUCCACAUCUACCUGAUCCCUCCGGCCCUCCUCUUCCUGUUGGACAAACUGAUCAGCCUGAGCAGGAAGAAAGUGGAGAUUCCUGUUGUCAGAGCUGAGCUUCUGCCUUCGGGAGUGACCCACCUGGAGUUCAAGCGGCCACAAGGGUUUGUGUACCGUUCAGGCCAGUGGGUUCGUAUAGCGUGCCUGAUGUUGGGCACAGAUGAGUACCACCCAUUCACGCUAACAUCAGCACCUCACGAGGAGACCUUGAGCCUGCACAUCCGAGCUGUAGGACCCUGGACCAACCGACUUCGAGAGCUUUACACCGAAGAAAACUACCUGGAGUUUGGAGCCUAUCCAAAGCUCUACUUGGACGGCCCAUUCGGCGAGGGCCAUCAGGAGUGGGUUGACUUUGAAGUGUCCGUUCUGGUGGGAGGAGGAAUAGGAGUCACACCAUUUGCCUCCAUCCUCAAAGACCUGGUCUUCAAAUCCUCCGUCAAGUCCAAGUUUCUGUGUAAAAAAGUGUAUUUCAUCUGGGUGACUCGGACACAGCGGCAGUUCGAGUGGGUUUCGGACAUCAUCAGGGAGGUGGAGGAGAUGGACACGGAGGAGCUGGUCUCGGUUCAUACUUACAUCACUCAGGUGGCUGAAAAGUUUGACCUGCGCACAACCAUGCUGUAUGUGUGUGAGCGCCACUUCCAGAAGGUGUGGAACCGCAGCCUCUUCACCGGCCUGCGCUCCGUCACGCACUUCGGCCGACCGCCAUUCGUGUCGUUCUUCAGCUCGCUGCAGGAAGUUCACCCUGAGGUGGGUAAAAUCGGUGUGUUCAGCUGUGGACCACCUGGACUGACCAAAAACGUGGAGAAAGCUUGUCAGCAGAUGAACAAGAGGGAUCAGGCUCAUUUCAUCCAUCACUAUGAAAACUUUUGAGCAGCUCUGAGCUGAACUGUUACAAUAAAUACAAAAAGACUUUUAAUCAGUAGUAUUUAAAUAUCAAAUUAUUGAAGUCAUUGUUAGAUUUGGGCUGAUUAUGUUGGAAUACAGAAAGGAUGGCUGCUUUGAUUCACCUGAUUAAACUCUUCUUUGUAGUUUUUCACUUUAAAUCUUAUUGUUACAAUAAUUACAAUUGAAGAAAUUUAUCUACAAAGAGAAUUAGAGCCACAGAACAAAACAUUUUUUUCCUGAGUUAUUUCAGAAUUAUGAGCAAAAAAUGUCAGAAUUCCAACUUCCCAGAAUUUUGACUUUAUUCUGUAAACUUAAAAUUCUGAGAGAAAAGUCAGAACUUUGUGCUCUGUAGCCCUAAUUUUCUUCUGUAUUAUUCACAAAGGUAUCAUUUUUUUUAUAAAUUGAAUAAUUUAUUAUUAUUAUUAUUAUUGCUCCAAUCAAUAAUGUCACAU